GCGACAUUUGCCGCAAGUAAUGUUAGAAAGGAGUGGAGUAAAUGAGAACGAAAACUCUUAUUUCGUGUGGAUUAUUUCUGGAAAAACAAAGCCCUACCAAAACGGAAACUAGUACAACAUUCGAAACAACAUACAAAGAUUGGAAUAAUACGGUCGCUGUCUACAGGACUAAACCCAUGAUGUACCGCGCCUGCUCUGCAGCCCUACCAACAUCCUGUCUGUAGAGUAAGCGGCCGCGCCAGCAUGUCCUCCCACCCUCAGUCCGUGCCUCAGGGCCGGAGGGCUGUGGACAUCCGCCACCUGCCAAACCCUGCCAGUCUACCGCUGCAGCUGGCACGGGCACACACGGAUGUGGGACUGGUGGACUACCACCCUCACUCUCGGGACUACAGCUCACACCUGGCUCAGCCCCACCGCCGCCGGCCCUCUCUGCUGUCCGAGUUCCAGCCAGGGAAUGAGAGAGGUCAGGAGCAACACAUCCGCUAUGAGCACAUCUACUUACCUGAGCCCAACAACCAAUCAGAGGUGGAGUAUGUUGAGAUAAAGCGUCCCCGCCUGGACCUUGGGGCGGAGUCUCUCAUGAGGCUUUCAGCCCACCGCCCACAACUUCCUCUGGGAGGGGCUGAGGACAUGUCAAAGGACCGGGGAAGCUCCAUGGGGAAGCUGGAGCCCAUCUCCCCCGUCAGCCCGGCCCAGAUGGACCACGAUCUGGACCUGGUGCCAGCCCGCUUCUCCAAGGAGGAGCUCAUCCAGAACAUGGACCGUGUUGACCGGGAGAUCACCAUGGUGGAGCAGCAGAUUUGCAAGCUACGCAAGAAACAGCAACAGCUGGAGGAGGAGGCAGCGAAGCCCCAGGAGCCGGAGCGGUCUAUGAUCUCCCCCCCGCCCAGCGAGGCCAAGCACCGCAGCCUGGUGCAGAUCAUCUAUGACGAGAACAGGAAAAAGGCAGAGGAAGCGCACAGGAUUCUGGAAGGACUGGGACCCCGAGUAGAACUGCCUCUGUACAACCAGCCAUCUGACACCAAGCAGUACCAUGACAACAUCAAAAUAAACCAGGCAAUGAGGAAGAAACUCAUUCUUUACUUCAAGAGGAGAAAUCAUGCUCGUAAGCAGUGGGAACAGAAGUUCUGCCAGCGCUAUGACCAUCUGAUGGAGGCCUGGGAGAAGAAGGUGGAGCGCAUUGAAAACAACCCCCGGCGCCGGGCUAAGGAGAGCAAGGUGCGAGAGUACUACGAGAAACAGUUCCCUGAGAUCCGCAAGCAGAGAGAGCUGCAGGAGCGCAUGCAGAGCCGGGUGGGGCAGCGUGGAGGAGGACUGGCCUCAUCUGCAGCCCGCAGUGAACACGAGGUCUCUGAGAUCGUUGACGGCAUAUCAGAACAAGAGAACACCGAGAAGCAAAUGCGCCAGCUUGCGGUCAUCCCUCCCAUGUUGUUUGACGCCGAGCAGCAGCGCAUCAAGUUCAUCAACAUGAACGGCCUGAUGGACGACCCCAUGAAGGUGUACAAGGACCGGCAGGUCAUGAACAUGUGGAGCGAACAGGAGAAGGACACCUUCCGCGAGAAGUUCAUCCAGCACCCAAAAAACUUUGGCCUGAUUGCUUCUUUCCUGGAGAGAAAGACGGUGGCAGAAUGUGUCCUCUUCUACUACCUGACCAAAAAGAACGAGAACUACAAGAACAUUGUGCGCAGGAACUACCGGCGCCGUGGCAGGAGCCAGCAUGGCCAACAGCAGCAGCAGCAACAGCAGCAGCAGCAACAACAGCAACAACAACAACAGCAACAACAACAACAACAAGUGAACCGCAGCAGCCAGGAGGACAAGGAGGAGAAGGAGAAAGAGAAGGAGGGAGAGAGGGAGGAGGAGAAGACUGAGGGGGAAGAAAAGGAGGAUGUAAUGAAGGACGACACCUCUGGUGAGGACGGGGAAGACAAAGAGCCCACGGUGGCCUUAAAGGGUCGACGCACGGCUAACAGCCAGGGCCGUCGCAAGGGCCGCAUCACCCGCUCCAUGACCAGCGAGGUGGAGGAGACCGCCACGCCGCCGCUCAGCGGUGAACUCGCCAAUCUGGAGAUGAAUGAGAGCUCUCGCUGGACUGAGGAGGAGAUGGAAACCGCCAAAAAAGGUCUUCUCCAGUAUGGUAGGAAUUGGUCGGCCAUCGCCAAGAUGGUGGGCUCCAAAACUGUAUCCCAGUGCAAGAAUUUCUACUUCAACUAUAAGAAGAGGCAGAAACUCGACGAGAUUCUGCAACAGCAUAAAAUGAAAUCGGAGAGAGAGCGUAAGGCGCGGCGUAAAGGCAAAGCUCUACAAAGUGAAGAGGCCAGCGCCCCGUCUGCUGCCGAGGAGGAGGAGAUGGAGGGCUCCGGGGCCAGCGGCAACGAGGAGGAGGCCCCCGAGGAUGGAGAAGGUGGUGCUAACAACAGCUCUGACACAGAGAGCCUGCCCUCUCCGCGUUCCUCUGAGGACAGCAAGGCCAAAGAGGAGGGUAAUGGCAGGGCCAAAGCUGGCUCAAACUCUGGGGACAAGGAGGCCUCAGGUUCCCACAUGGGCCAGGGAGGAGAUGAGAAACCCCCAGGAGAAGUGGGGAAGGCCAUCAAGCAGGAGGUGAAGACAGAGGCAGAGGAGGGCAGCAAGGAGCAGCCAAGCGAAUCCACAGACCGAGACAUGAAGCCCCCCACUGCAGAUGCAGAGGAGAGCAAGAGCUCAUCCAAGAGCUCCAAGAGGGACCAUGGGCCCAAGACGGGCUCCCACGCAGACAGUGACUCUAGUGCCACCUGCAGCGCUGACGAGUUGGAGGAGUUGGACAGUACAGAGAAGAACAGGAUGACGUCUUCCAGCCGUCCCAGCCUGUUGAACUAUGCCCAUGAUGGGGUCAUCUCCUCCCCCCUGCAGAAGCCCAUGGACCUGAAGCAGCUCAAACAGAGGGCUGCUGCCAUCCCCCCUAUUAUGCCCCAGAUGCCGGAUGGUGGACCUCGGGGCGGGUGUAGUAAGGCUGAGCUGCCCCCUCAUGCCCUGGCUCUCUACCAGCAGCAGAUCAGCAUGGCUCAUGGAGAGUCCUCCCAGGAGGCCAAGCAGCAUGCAGGUCAGCCCAGCAAACAGCACCCCUACCCAGCGCAGGGAGACCCCCAUAACAUCAGCAGCCCCCGCGUCCACCCACGUAGCCCCUCCGCCAGCGACAAAGACGAGCUGGAAGGCAACGAGAGGUGGCUGCAGACUCUACUUCACGGAUUACAUAAGUCCCGGGCCUUCUCUCCUCAUGGUGACCCUAAGAAGCAGGCGGUGGGGCCAGAGGACCUGAGGGCCACUACACUGGGCCGGCCCGUCAUGUCCCCCUACCCAAUGUCCCAUCGAGACAUGGCCAAGCUCAGCCACGACCAGCACCUACUCCACUACAACUCCUCUUUCCAGCAGGCUGGCCACUCUGGGCCCCCUGGUCUGCAGCAGGAUGGUGCCAGAUUGGCAGCGGUGCUCCCCCUCCAUAUGCCAGAGCCACCCCCUCUCAUCUCCUCCAACAAGCCAGGGGGGUCUAUCACACAGGGCACCCCAGUGCAGCUGCAUAGCCCGGCUCACGGGAUGGACCAUGGGAAGAUGCCCCCUGCACAGAUGGGUUUGUCCUGGAUGGAUCAGAGGAAAGUGGGUGAGUCCAAGUGUCUGGAGUGGGUGCAGCACUCCCAGCCUUGGUUUGCUGGUCCAUACCCGGUGGUGAAGCAGGAGCAGCUGUCUCCGCGGUGCCCGUCAUCCCUGGCAGAGAACCUGUCCACGCAGGGGAUGCCCCAUGACGCCAACGCUGGACGUGGGUCUUUGCCAGCAGUGCAGGGGGGCAGCAUCACAAAGGGCAUCCCAGGGACCAGAGUGCACCAGGACUCCCCCAUCUCCUACCGGGGAGGCUCCAUCACCCAGGGCACCCCGGCAGACAUGCUGUACAAGGGGACCAUAACCCGUCUGAUCACAGAGGACAGCCCCAGCAGAGCAGAGAGGGAGCGGGAUGAGCUCCUGUCCAAAGGACACGUGGUCUAUGAGGGCAUCAGUGGACACAUCCUCACCUAUGACCGCCCACCCUCUCAGAACCCUAAAGAUGACGGCCGGGGCCAGCCUGGGGAGAUCUUGGGGCUGAAGCGCCCCUAUGAUGUCAGGGGGUUUCCCAUGAGGGAGACACUGUCUUCAGCUAACUGUGAGGGUCUGAUAGGCAGAGCCAUAUCUCACGAGAGAGACAACCCACACCCAACCCACCACAUCCGUGGUUCCAUUUCACAGGGUAUCCCCCGUCACCUGGACAUCCAGGAUGGCUACAUGAGGCGGGAGGCCAAGCAGAUGAAGAGAGAGGGCUCCCCGUCCCGAGGAACUGGCCAGAUGGCUGAACCCAUGAAGGGUCGAGAGGCCAUUGUGCCCACAGUGAAGGAGGGGGGCCGAUCCAUCCACCUCAUCCCCAGAGAGGAGCUCCGACUGAUGCCCGAAGGCAUGAUGAUGCCCAAGGCUGGCAAAGAGGGCAUCAUAGCACAGGGCACUCCUAUGAAGCAGGAGCAGGGUAGCUCAAGGAAGGGGCACGACGUUCGUUCCAUAAUCGCCAGCUCCCCACGCUCCCACUACGGCAUGCCCUCCCACCUGGAGAUGCGGGGACCCGAGCAGCGGGGCCGCUACGAGGAGGGUCCUAAGGGCCGUCCCACCACUGUGGUCAACACGGCCAGCUCCAUGGCUCGAUCCUCGCCCCUGGCAAUGGGGGGUGAGCAGGGUGGCAAGGCUCACCACAGCCCUGUGGGCUACGAGGAACACAAGGGCGGCAUAAGGGCUCCCUACCCUGGACCUUCUCACCGAGGAUCCCCCCUGUCAGGCCAGCGGCAGCAUGAAGGCUCCAAUAAGAACCAGCCUCAGGAGCGCAAGGCCACACCCACCCCUCGGGAGAUGAGCUCCGGCAAGUCACCCCUGCCGGGCGUUGCCGAGCAGCAGGCCCAACAACAACAGGCGUCCCUGGUGUCGUACGAGCGUCUGCUGCAGGGUCUGGGGGCCGACGUGUACCGAGGACAGAUCCCCCUAUCCUUCGAUCCUGCCUCCCUGCGUCAGGGCAUCCCCAUCGACCCAGCCUACUACCUGCCUCGCCACCUGGCCCCUAACCCUGGCUACCCUCACCCCUACCCCUACCUGAUCCGGGGCUUCCCCGACACGGCAGCCCUGGAGAACCGCCAGACGCUGCUCAACGACUACAUCACCUCCCAGCAGAUGCACCAGUGGCCUGCAGCCGCCGCUAUGGCUGCCCAGCGCUCAGACCUGCUGAGGGGGCUCUCGCCACGGGACCAGCCUCUCCAAAUGCCCUACUCUGCUGCCCCACGCGGGAUCAUCGAUCUGUCUCAGGUGCCACACUUACCUGUCCUAGUCCCUCCCUCUGCAGGGUCUUCCGGCUCCCCCAUGGACCGCAUCACUUACAUCCCCGGGGGCCAGGGAGGUUUCCCCAGCCGGCCUUACAACACCUCCCCCAUCUCACCAGUUGGGCCCCAACACAUGAGCAAGCAGCACGGCACACCAUCUGCUGACCGCGAGAGAGAGAGGGACCGCGAGAGAGAGAGGGACCGCGAGAGAGAGAGGGACCGCGAGAGAGAGAGAGACCGCGAGAGAGACAGGGAGCAGGAGAGAGAGCGGGAUCGUGAGAGACAGCGAGACAGAGAGCGGGAGAGAGAGCGGGACCGGGACAGAGAGAAGGGGUUCUCUCAUGGCAACGUGGAACAUGCCCCCAUCUGGAGACCAGGCACAGAGCACAGCUCCGGUGGUAGCAGCAGUGUCAGGCCCUCCUCCCACUCCGGCUACAGCCACCAGCACUCCCCGGUGUCCCCUCGUACCCAGGACAGUGUCCAGCAGAGGCCCAGCGUCCUGCACAACACUGGGGGCAAGAGUCUGCCUGCCAGUGACCACAAUAACCCUUCUGUGCUAAGGUCCAUGCCAGGCUCCAAUCGCUACCCAGGCUACAGCCACCUCCAGAGGACCGGGAUGCCUACUGAUGGCUACCCACCAAGCAUGGACCCCAAGGAAAUGGGCCGGGAUGGUGGCAAGAGCAGGGGAGGCCUUCCUAAACACUCCCAAGACCAACAUGGGCCCUCUAUAUCCUCCAGCAAAUCUGACCCCAAGCUGGCCAGCCCUAACCAAGGGGGUUACCCCGUGCCUUACCCCCAGGGCUCUGCAGCCUCUCACCACUCAGGCCGGCCCCCACCUCACCUGCUGCCCCCCCAGUCGGAUAGCCAUGUUGGCCGCGGAGAAAGUGGCACGCCUAGUAGGGAAAAGACUCAAAACAAACCGAUGUCCGUUCAGGAACAAGAGCUCCGAUCACUCGCUCAACAGAAGAUGAUGCCCAUGGAGCAGCACGGUCCGUACCGUCCUCCCUCCGAGGAGAGGCUGUCCCCAGGCCAGCAAUCCCCCCUGACGAAAGGCAGCCAGAGGGUGGUCACCCUGGCGCAGCACAUCAGCGAGGUGAUCACCAAGGACUAUACCCGGCAGAGCCAACAGGCCCAGCAGCAGUCCUACCACAGCAACCCAGUCCUGGACCUGACCCGGCCCCUUAGCGCUCCCCAUGCCCUGCCUGCCUCCCAGGAGUCUAGCCAGGGACCUCGCUACACUCCAGAGGGGACAGGAGGGGAACGUACCCGAGAUGGGUCUCCUCAGCCCAAGGCAUCACCUGUCAGUAUGUCUGCAGACGGCAUUGAGCCAGUGUCCCCUGCAGGAGCCAUGUCUGAACCAGAGACACAAGGGGCCUCCUACCCCAACGAGCAGGGAGAGCAGGGCAUGGGUUCUCGCUCCCCUCCCAACACCCAGCCCCCAGCCUUCUUUAGCAAGCUCACUGAGAGCACCUCGGCCAUUGUCAAGUCCAAGAAACAGGAGAUGAUCAAGAAGAUGACCGUGGUCGGCAGUGACGCUGAUUUCAAUGCUGGCCAGCCAGGAACAGAGAUUUUCAACAUGCCUGCCUCUACCACUGCAGGACCUGUAAGUAUCCGCAGCCACCCGGCUCCUGAGGCAUCCGGUAACACCAUAGGCCUGGAAGCCAUUAUCAGAAAGGCCCUGAUGGGCAAGUAUGAUGACCAGGCCGAGGAGCGCCCUCCCUCCUCCAAUGCUAUUAACUCCAUGGCUGCCAGUGUGCAUGACGCUAAUCCUCUCGCUGACGGACGGACCGAGGACUCUUACUCACUACAAGGUGGGGGGAAGCCAAAGGGUAGCGGGCGCUCUAACGGGCGGAAGGCCAAAUCCCCCGGGCCGGGCCUGUCAGGGGGGGAGAGACCCUCCUCUGUCCACUCUGAGGGGGAUACCAACCGCCGCACGCCCCUCAUCAACCGUGUCUGGGAGGACCGGCCCUCCUCCACAGGCCCCACUCCCUUCCCAUGUAACCCCCUGACCAUGCGUUUCCCCGGUGGCAUGCCGGUGUCAGCGCCCUCCCCCUCCUCUGGCCAGCUAGGGGCCCAGGGUCUGGGGCAGGGGCGGGCCUGGGAGGAGGAACCAAAGCCCCUGCUGUGUUCUCAGUACGAGACCCUGUCUGACAGCGAGUGAGAGACCCUGCCAUGGAACAGAACAGCACCCGCCAACUAUCAACCACCUCCACUGCUGCUGCAGACACACACACACACUCUCCACCCCACUCUACACUCUCCACCCAGGAAAGGAGUGACCUCUUAGCCUCCCAUCUCACACUGCUGACUGAGCAUCUCAAGCGUUGAUGGUGGUGUGCUGAAACACUGCUGCUCAGUGAGUGUGUGUGUGUUGGUGUUUCUGUGUAUACACUCACUCCAGGACUACUCUAAAGGACAAAUCACUUGUUUUUUUACUUGCUUUCCCUCCCUCUUGCUGGCCUUAUCAAUACGGACACAUCAAUUCACUCACUUUUUUGUGUACGUUUCUAGUGUCUUCUACGGAUUGUGGAUGGGACUUGAUACGGCCACAUAGUCUGAUGCUCAUGUGUUUUAAUCUGACCUGUUGAUGGAUUCACUGGCCCUGGACAAGGAUGGAUGUGUCCUCUGUUGUACAGGAAUCCUGCUCUACUCUCUGGGCUCUGUGAGCAGGGCUUCAAGAGAAGCCUGCUGCCUCCAUUGACCAUCUCGAUCUCUCAUUCUUUCUGCCAAUGAUCCCAUGGACACGGAGUUAACCACACAGAGCUCUGCAUGGAGAGGUCUGCUAGGGAAGUGGACUCCUUCACUGACCCAUGUCACUGUGCAGAGGGACAGGCAGGUAGCCAGGCAAAUGGCAUCCAUAGUGUAGUAGAGUACAGUACAUUACAGUGGACACUGUGCAGACGGCCGGUGCAUUUCUACCACUAUCAGAUGAUGGACAGGAGGGAAAAAACACAUUGUUUUUGUGUGUGUGUGUUAUUUAGUUUUCUCCUUUUUAAAUCAAGUCAGUCCAGUCUUGUGUUUGAAAGUGAGCUGAGACCGUUAGUAAUUUUGAUGGUGAAUUUUGAUGGUGUCAGUUAUUGUUUCUUAUUUGCAACGAUUUAUCUUGGGGGGUACGUGGGAGGGUUAUAUCAUUGGUUAACAGGGUAUACAUGCUGUCCAUUGCUGAUGAUGUCAUCAUACAUUUUAAAUGUUAUUGGAGAACGGUGGCGGCGUAUGUUCUCCAGGCAUCCAAUAGAGAGUGGACUGUGAGUGUGAUGGAUGGCACUAAGAGACAAGUGACACUUUCCCCAUCUUUGUAUAUGAAUCAUGUCUAUGUGUUUGUUGAGACUGUUUUUGGAUGUUAAGCACUUAGUUGUCAAUCUGUUCACAAUGGCAUUUUUAAGAAUGUGUGUUUCGGGCAGGUGAGAAUGGACUCAAGAAGAGUGUAGAAUCCUACUAAUAGAAGCGUCCUCCUCCUUUAACAUCUGUUUCUUUUGGUCUUGCCACGUACAUGAUUUAGUGUUCCCGCACUCAAGUGACAAUCACAGCUAGUGAAAUAUUACCUAGUCCGCUUAGUGCGGCUAGAGACCAACCUUAAAGCUGCUUUAGGGCAAAUUUCCCGGCAUUAGAGUUGGAAUGUGCUUGCAUUAAAGAGGUGACAAAUAAAAGCCAUCUAUGUUUCUAUGCCCCUUGGACCAUGGUGGUGCCGGCUGUGGCUGUAGUGUGAGCCCCGGCUGGCCAGCUGGAAGUCCGUCUCUAGGAUGGAAUGCCUAUUGUCUCUAGGAGCUGCCUGUUGUGACGGUCUGACCUCUGAACUUUUACUGUCUAGAGGAAGAGGAGCUCUGCCUCACCAGGCCAGACGCACAUUUUUAUCUAGACCGAUUUUGUACAGUUCUAAGAUUCAUAGUGUUAAGUGCCAUUCAUUUUACAUAUACAGUAGUAGUUACCAAGUGACACGCACAUUUUUUUAAUGUUUUUUUUCUACAUGCCAGGGUUAUAAGUGUUUAUGCAGGGAAAUUUUGAAACCAAGAGCAGAUGAAAUGUCCUUCUUUUGAUGUCUUUUUUUUUGUCCAAAUCUGUCACAGCCUUAGCGCUUAACUUACACAUGAUUUACAAUGGGAGCUGCUAACUUACUGUUGUGAAUGUUAAGAAAUGAAAAGCAGUGUAUUCUGUCUGAGGAUUGUAGAACUUGCUGCUGUCACAUCAGGUUACCAUGACAAUGGGCAACGACAUGGUCAAAGUUGAAUGUCCUCUUGCUCUUUGCAGGCUAAGCAAUAGCCAUAUAAAAGGUGAAUGCCAAGAAGAAAGAUGUAAAAAGGGUGCUGUUUGAAAGGCAAUCAUAUAAACAUUGCCCAAUUUGUUUUUUCAGGCAACAUACCCUCAGUCCUUAGUGAAAGGUAUUAUAUUCUGGCAUGGUCCUGAUUCAAAGGAGGUUUAAACAGUCCAAAAGUUACUGUUACAUUUGUGUGAUUAAGUUUUUGUCCAUUUUAAUGUUGUUGUCCCUGGCUUGUAUUGAGUGUGAUGGUGUCCAUGGCUUGUAUUGACUGUUGAAGCCAGAGAAGCACAGCUGUUCUCAGUGUGACUUGUUUAGAGGGACUGCACUGCAGUGUGUUAUCCUGUCCACUAGUUAAGAGGGAGUUGAGUUAGUCAUGAUGGAGACGUGUUAGUAAUGAACGUGGAACAGUUGGACAGCUUUCACUCUCCUUCCUCUUCACUGGAUUACAUCAAGUUUCUACUCUGGCUACCUAUUAUACUGCUCAUGGUUUAGAUCUAAUCAGUCAAGGUGCAGCUAAAUGAAAAGUUUGGAACUGGACCCAACCAACUACAAGGUAACCCCAGCUUUGUAUUAUAAGAUAGUUUGUGUCUUCACUUGUAUAUCAAUUGACUAUUCAUGAAGUCAUUGGGAGAGAGCAAAGUGACAGUAAAGUUUGACGUGACAAGACAAAACCAUAUCCAGAUGUGUUGGCUAAAUAAAUAGCAGAGGAAACGAGAAUAAUCAGUUGUUUUAAAUGUACUGAUGUGUAUUUGAAUGAUUUCUGCUUUUCACUCGUUUCUGUUUGUUCUUACACCGCUUGCUUUGAUUAUGGUCAUGACACUCUCCAUGCUAAUAGUUAGCAUUUCAUUUGUGAUGAAAGGAAUGAUUCAAAACGAACGUAAAACAAAUUAAUCGAAGGGCCGAUACGAUCCCUGUAUUGUCCACAGGUGGUGGUGGUGGGGGGUAGCAUUGACAUUGAACAAUCGUAUUGUGCGUAAUGAUUUGUUUUUUUAAAUAAUUAUAACCCACUGUAUAAUAGCCAGGAUUGUAUAUAGAACUGAAGAGAUGUAAAUAUUUCUGUGGCUUGCUGCAAGGUUGGUAUUUACAGAACAACUAUUCACACUGUUUAAUUCUACAUGCCCACCAGCAAGCUUUGUGGAUAGCAGUGUAACAAAAACACUGCCUUAAUGUUUAAAUAAAAAUCUUAUUGCCAUUGAAA